AUGGGAAGACUUUUCCUGAUCGAUCUUGAAGGAGACUUCUAUAGCUGCAAGCAUUGCAAGACAUGUUUUGCCCUCGUUGAUGAUAUCAUUUCAAAGUCUUUCCAUUGCAGGUAUGGGAAAGCUUAUCUUUUUGAUAAAGUUGUAAAUGUCACGGUCGGAGAGAAAGAAGACCGGAUAAUGUUAACGGGAAUGCAUACUGUCGUCGACUUAUUCUGUGUUACAUGUGGGUCCAUUGUUGGAUGGAAAUAUGAGGCUGCUUACGAGAAGUCUCAGAAGUACAAAAAAGGAAAAUUUAUCCUUGAAAGGUAA